AUGUCAUCACACGACAACAAUACUCCAACGACAACUGAUGUUGAUAUCAAUAAUGAUGUUGAUGAUGAUAACCAACAACAACAACCAUCAUCACAACCAUUAUCGCAACCAUUAUCUCAACCAUUAUCUCAACCAUUAUCUCAACCAUUAUCACAACCACUGCCUCAACCUCAACAAACUCCAACACAUAAACCUGCACCUCCUCCACAACAACGACCUUCACAAAGCAAUAUCAUUCAACCAGUAUACUUUAACAAGUGUAACAUUUGCAACAUAUCAUUUGGAUCACUGACAUUCAAGGAGCGCGAGGAUCACAUUGUACAAUGCAUCGAUAAACUCAAGGCGUCACAACCUGCCGUCUGCGACAUUUGUUCAAAGGACAUCACCAAGUACUCAUCAAGUCGUCGUGCCGAUCAUGUGGAGCGAUGUCAGCGCAAGAGAGAGGAGAGCGAGCAUGCCAAGAAGGCCGCGCGAUCCUCUUCCUCGUCGUCACAGCAACGCCAACAACAACAAGUGGACGCAGACAUUUGUGUGAUAUGUUACAAACAGUUGUCCAAUCCCGAGACACGCGUGGCUCAUAUGAAGGCAUGCUCCAAGGAGCGUGGCAUCACAGCCAAGGACCUGAUGGACCUCUAUGACAUGAAUCAUCGAAACGCCGCGGUCUCACAACAGACGACGACGACCACCACCACGACCACAAUGACGAGCAGCAGCUUGACUACACUUGUUCCACCUCAUGACAUUGCACCAAGUUCUACACCUCCCCCUGCACCAAUACCAUCGGUCACAUUGGGUGGUAAGAAGAAGAACGGCAUCAACAACACCAUCUCAUCGGUGACGGCCACACCAAAGGGCGGAGUCAAGUCGACGUUCUUCCAGGAUGCCGCAGCCAACAAGUCAUCAACCACGCUGGGGACGAAGAAGAAGAAGCAACAGCAUGGCGGCAACAAUAAGACGUCGAAGAAGAACAAGAAGAAUGUGAUCACCGACUCUGAGGAUGACGAGUAUCCUCAUGAUGAAGACGAUGAGAACUUGCAAUUGGCUCUUGUCUUGUCCGAAUCAAUGCAUGCAUCCAAAGAUGACCCGCAGCCAUCCCAACCAUCAUCCACUCCAUUAGACCUGGCAGGAUUCAAGUGCAAGAAGCCAUCAGACAAUAACCUUGCGAUGAUCAACACUCAUGUGGCCGAUAUAUUGUUUCCAAACCUUGGGACUUCGGAUCAGAAGGACACGUCUCAGCCACUGCCACCUUCAAAGUUAUCGAGUGCACUGGCAACUGCCUCAAAACAGAUGGACACGUCUGAUCAAGUGAACACUGGUCGACCAACUACACUGGCAUCAUCAAAGUUCUCCGAGAGUAAACUGGCCAAGAAGCAUACACCUAUUCGAACGCUUUGGGACGUAUCAAAGUCAAGGCUUUCAACAGAGCAAGGCAAGGAUAUAGUAUAUGACAGUCAAACAGAGUUUAAAAAGAACGCUGAUCAGAAGGAGCAACAACUGGUGGAUCAGCAACAGCAACAGCAACAACAACAACAACCACAACAACAGCAACGACAACUGGACACACUCAAACACUCAUCCAGGGAUGACAAGAAUGUGGACAACAAUGUACAGGACAGAGCACAAACAAACACAGACAUCAACAUUGAUUUCAAUGAGAGUGAUACCAACCUUGAAUAUGACUUUGAUCAUUCGGGUCAUGGAAAUGACAAUCAAGAUGAACAACAUCAAGAUCAAGAACAGGAUCAUGAGCAUGAGGAUGAGCAUGCAAAUGAUGAACCAGUAUAUCAACAACCCCAAGCCACCUCUCAUCAGCCUCCUCCACCUACUCCUCCGCAGGCGCCACAAACAACAUCACCAACCAAAGCGCAUCAAUUCAUUCAGCCACAACUGCCACGAGACAGAUCGCCAAUGAAGAAUCCAUCAACUCCAAUCCAACCGCAACAUCAACAGCAGCAACAGCAACAGCAGCAGCAACAUCACUAUCAGCAACCGAGCAACUUCACAUCGGACACAAUGACAACCCCAUUCAUCAGUCCUCCAACACCAUCAUUCCUACUCAAUAGCUUUAGUAUCAAUGAUACAUUCACAAACAGCUGCACACAGGCUAAAGAGGAGUUUGAGCAUCGCAGCAAGGAACUCGAGAAGGACUACCUCAGCAAAGUAGGUCUGGCAUACAUUACAAAGUCAAUGGAGGAAGCAAAGGCAAUGCAACAAUAUGGUAGCGGGGUCAACAACAACACAUCGGUAAUGGCAAUGGCAAUGCAGAUGACAACGUCCACACAAUACGAAUAUCCAAGAACACCAAUGAACAACCAAGAUACCCAGUCUCGAGACAGGCCAUAUGUCCAGCCACAAAUAUUCUCCUCCAACUCUUCCACAGACACAAGACCCGAUAUUAGACCGCCACAACCCAAGCCUCAGCAGCCUCAACAACCUCAAGCCUCAACAAAGUCAACGGCGACAACACCUCAGCAGCAACUGGGAACAAAGAGGUUGUCACUGCCAUCAUCUUCAACGACCACUCCGCCACCUGUGGUGUCUCAAUCAUCAUCAUCAACUGGAAAGAACGUCCAACAACAACAAUCACGCCAGUCAACAGCGAAGAAACCAGACUAUGAGGAUAUGACUCUGGGUGAUCUGAAACAACAUGCAUCAAAGUACGGCAUUAGGACCUCUGGAAGUAAUGUCAACCGUCAAUGGCUCAUCCAAAAGCUGAAUGAUGUGUGGCAAUUCUUAGUGCAAACAUCGCAGCAGAAUACUAGUAGCAAGUAG